AUGAGAAGAAUCAACAGACUCUAUGGAGUUGACAUACAAAAUACUUUUUUCUCUGAAGUAGGCCUUGGGAUUUCAUUCAACAGCAUCCUCCUCCUCUUCCAUAUCCUUGAGUUUCUUCUUGAACACAGGCCCCGGAUCACUGACCUGCUCAUAAGUCUCUUGGCCCUCAUCCACCUUGGCAUGCUAACGAUCAUGGGGUUCACAGCUCCUGACAUUUUUGCAUCUCAGAAUACAUGGGAUAACAUCACAUGUCAAUCCCUUGUCCACUUGCACAGGUAUUUAAGGGGCCUUUCUCUUUGUGCUACCUGCCUGCUGAGUGUCCUUCAGGCUGUCACCCUCAGCCCCAGAAGCUCCUGUUUGGCAAAGUUCAAAAAUAAAUCCCCACAGUACAGCUUGUGUUCUCUUCUUGUGCUGUGGGGGUUCUACAUAUCCUGUGGUGCUCAUUUCUCAUUCUCCUCUGUUGCUGACUACAAUGUCACCUCACAUGGGCUCAUAUUUGUCACUGAAUCCUGCAUUAUUUUACCCAUGAGCUAUAUCAGCAGGCACUUAUUUUUCAUAUUGAGGAUAUUUCGGGAUGUGUCCUUUAUAGGUCUCAUGGCACUCUCCAGUGGGUACAUGGUAGUUCUCCUGUGCAGGCACAAGAAGCAGUCCCAGCAUCUUUACAGCACCAGCCUUUCUCCAAAAGCAUCUCCAGAGCAAAGGGCCACCUGCACCAUCCUGAUGCUCAUGAGCUUCUUUGUGGUGAUGUACUGUUUGGACUGCAUCAUAUCAGCCUCCAGACUUAUGCACAACAGGGACCCAAUCUGCCACAGUAUUCAGAUGAUGGUCUCCAAUAGCUAUGCCACCAUCAGCCCUUUGCUGUUCAUUUGUACUGAAAACCGAAUUACUAACUUUUUGAAAUCCUUGGAAUUCAAGGGCAUAGGAAAUGCUUAA